CUGCGGGCGGUGGCCGCCCUCGGGGGCGGUGGCGGGGUGGAGCCGGGCGGCCCCGGCCCCGUCCCGUGCGGGGGAGCGGCUCCUCGUAGCCUCGCUGCCCCGUCCCCACCGCUCCUGUCGCCGCGGCUCAUGAGGUGAAGAUGGUGAUCCGCGUCUUCGUCGCCUCCUCCUCGGGCUCGGUGGCGAUAAAGAAGAGGCAACAAGAUGUGGUGAGGUUUCUGGAAGCCAAUCGYAUAGAGUUUGAAGAAGUGGAUAUCACCAUGUCAGAGGAGAAGAGACAAUGGAUGUAUAAAAAUAUUCCUGAGGAUAGGCAGCCUGCACAAGGCAAUCCACUGCCACCACAGAUAUUCAGUGAUGAUCGGUACUGUGGAGAUUACGAUGGCUUYUUUGAAUCAAAGGAGAGCAACACUGUGUUCUCCUUUCUUGGGCUGAAACCUACUUUGGCAUCAAAGUAGGAGUCAGAGCCCUAGAAAGCCCAURUGAAGUAUCAACAAGCACAUUCCUGAAUGAAUGACUCUGUUCUUCAGCACAUAACAGCUUCCCCAAUGGAUCACUGUGAUAGAGCAAACAUGUAUCAUUACCAGUAGUCUGCUUGCCAUGAGAUGGUGCUCUCCAACAAUGUGGAGCUAAAACCACGUUGUAUGAAAUAGGAUUAAGGSUGGCCUACUCAUCUUCCUGUUUAAAAAUGCUCACUGUUGUUGUUUCACUUUUGUCUUUGGAUUGCUUUGCAGCUGGCCCUAAUAUUCUAACAGGCAUGUAUGUUUGAGAAUAAGGAGUGGAAGUGUAAGGCUUCUGUCAUUCAUGGGUAUACCUAUGUAGUCAUAUUCCUUACUUCUUAAUUCUUCCCACUACCGUAAUUCAAAUUAGCUCAUCAUAUUAGUUAAAAUGCUGGUGGUUAUGAUGAUGUUUGUGUUGGCUGUGAUCCAGAAGAUAAAAAGCAUCAAUCUUGAGAUCUCAAUCUAAGCCAAUAACUGCUGUAUUUUUGCUCAACGUUUAUUUAUUGUGAUGUUUAUUCUAGAUCAUGGUUAUUUUAAGAGAUAUGGGCUGCUAAUCUUGAUAAUGAAGACUUGAUUUGUCUAAUGAUGCACAUUGCAACUGACUGUUUAAAACAAGUUGCUAUCAUGAAGGAGGUGCCAAAGUGAAAUAUUUUGACRUGUUUCCAAAUACGGGUGAAAUGUUCAGUAAAACACUUGGUGGAAAUACUGGGGAGUUCAGAAGAACUAAAGGUGUCUCAUAGGUAAUGAUAAUAGGAAGCUGUCUCUUAACUGAGAAAGUCUUAACACCCAAGGUUGGAGUUCUAUAGUUGGACUGUCUUAAAAUGAAAUUUUGCCAAAACCUUCAGUUUACCUUCAGUAAGCUCCUCAGCUCAGCUAAAGGGCUAGUUGGAGCAAGAGCACACACAGAUUUGAAGUCCACAGUUGUAUUUAAUGGUCAAAAUCUUUGUCAGAGCACCUUCUCCAGAGGAACCCUGAAGGGGCAUUGGUGUAUGUAUGUGCAUUUUUAAGAAUUAUGUUGUCUGUGUUAAGAUACUGUGACRUUCUUGUAACCAAUCCCAUAUUUUCAUGAGACUUGAACCUCACUGUAGGAAGGGAAUAUGACAUGAGGUGGAGAUGUACAUUGUUAACUUCACCAAGUUCAAUAUAACUAUUCCUAAAAAGAAGUGACGUAUUUAACUUUAUAGAUGAAUACAGAUAUAAAUUUAUGUAAUUUUGCAGUUGAUUACAGAGAAGCCAUCCUGGAUUUAUAAUGUACUUGAUGCGUUGUAAACUUUGAGAACUGCCUGAAGUCCCAGGUUUGAAAAAUUUACCUAAGUGUGUCAGCAUGUACCCAUGAGUAAUCCUGGGUGAAAUCCCAGGCUUACUGAUGUGAAAGGAAAAACCACACUGAUUUCUCCAGGGGUGAAAUUACUUUCACAAAGUUCCUUUUGAAUUUUGAUAAUUGUAGAAUAGAAGGCUCUCGUUUAGUGGAGAGUUAGUCUUGUUUCUGCUKUUAAAUAAACCUGGCUUAUUUCAGAGCACGCAUGUGGGCAUAAUUAGUUGUAUGGAGGACAACACUGGCUCCAAAGAUAUCCUGCUUGCUUGUAUGGAUUGGCAGUGUAAGUCCCAUAGAAUAUGUGCUUUUGAAUUUUAAAUGGCUAGUUUAAAAAAAAAGAAAUAUAUAUGUUUGGAUGUGAAUUUUGUGUGUUGUACAACAGCCUUAUUUUUGUAAUUAAAGCAAGUAGAGUUCUAGUUUGUUACACAAGAUGAUCUGGAAUUUUUUUAAUUAGUUUUGUAGUAAUGUAGAUUCAGGUAACUGAAAAGGUCUGGGGAAACUAGAGACAUUUAUUGAAAGAAAUAGGAAAUUCUUAAUUCUGUUUAAAAUUUUGGCAUAUAAAGUUAUGCUUAAGAACCAAAUAAUCUCAAUUUCUAGCUAAUACUUCUAAUUACCCCAAUUUUUAAAAUGGAGAGCAGUGUGAAUGAAACUGUUAAUCUUUGUACCUAGCUGAAGUUGCUGUGUGGGCUGACRUGCACGUGCACAUUCACUGUAUCAGUGGCUUUGAUAGAGGUGUUUUUGUUUGUGCCACACACUACUGGAUAGUGCCUUGCCAGAAAGGGGACUGUUUCUCUAGGGUCUUCUUAGAUAUGCUUAAACUUUGAAUUGAAAAAGGGGUAGUUUCUAUAUUGCUAUUUUUUUAAUAAUACAGUACAUUUAUUUUGAGGCCUGAGUCAAAAGGCACGUGCUUUGUAAGACUGAAACAGUUUUUGAUGAGUCUUCUGAACUCUUGAUUUUUCCUAGGUGACUUUCUUUUUUUUUUCCUUUUCCUUUUUGUUGGCUGUCUAAAAUCAAACCUUCCAAGGGRAGUGAACCUGGAGUAAAGCCCGUAAAUUCAUGUUUACACUUUCUUUAAAACAAGUAUCUGAUUCUAAUGUUGAGCAGCCCAAGUGCUGUCACUGAAGUGAAGAGUAGCUGCCAAGCUCUCAGUGGAUUUCUUGGUUCUUUUCCACCAUCAGGACAUUUAUUUGGGAUGUCCUAUUCAGGCAAUACCAUGGUUCAGAAGYAGGACCCUGAAAUUGCCCUGUGACCCUUCACAGGAGUGCAAGAGUGGGGUGAUCAGCAGGAAAAUGCCAAAUCUCAUUAGUCUUCAGUGACUUAUGCAGUGAUUUCACUAGAUCUUGGCAUGAACAGUGSGAGGAGGAUGGAGCCCCCCAUGUUCACCCUGCACAGAGAGCAGAGCAGCAGACCCAGUGCAGAAUGGGCCAUGGCUGGUUCUGGCACCCUGGGCAGUGGUUCUCACAGGGACCCUUGGUGGCAGUGCCAUGUGGGACAUCACACAGUGCUCUGUUCUGCAGGGCUCCAGCUGCAUCAUGGCCCAUCCUUCACACUCCUGYUCCCUCAGGAAUUUGGGAGGGAAGACAGAACAACUUCUUGAGAGCAGUCCUUCAGCCAGGGCAGAUCCAGCUUACUCCCUUGUUCCUGAUCUUUACCUCUUCCURAUGUGUGUCCAACUGUCCUGUGUAGACCUACCUGUGUGCAAAGCUUCCACUGCAGCCAUCUGUAACAUCCCUGUGAGGUCACAAAYGCAGAGCUGGUGUUCCCCUUCACUGUGUCAGUGUUCUGUAACUCGGUAGGGGAGGGAGCAUGUUGCAUCCUAGGACAUGUACACGUUAUGUAUUAAAAUGUGUUCAUCUAAUAAAAAUUAUAAUGCAAAAAAGGCAUUUGCACUGUGU